CGAUGUUCCUGUAGCACUCCCCUUCGCACAAAAGUACCACCUUCCUUUCAACCACCUGCAAAUCUUGUUUAUAUUUUUGUUAUGGAUUGAGAAAUCUAACAGCAUAACAGAAAACGAAAACAUUUGAAUUAAAAUUCCAAAUAGUUUUAAAAAGGCGCGACGGCAGCAAACUAACAUGGACCUGCUAGGAUCAAUUCUUGGAUCGAUGGAUAAACCUCCUACUAGAGAUAAAAAAGAGCGAGAAAUCAUUGAAAAGCAAAAAAAGGAGCUGGAGCAGAUGAAAAACAAGGAACGGGACGAGUUGAAUAGAUUUCGGAAAUACGCUGAGGAACGUUUAGGUCGUCUCGUUAAAGACUCCAAUCGUCGAUUCAUGGAAUUUCAGCCACUGGAUAAAGUCCACCGUACAGUAGUACAUGACAUCGCCGAAAUUGCUGGCUUAGUUGCAAUGAGCUUUGGUGUGGAAGGCGUAGAUCGAUAUAUAGUGGUUUACAAGAAAGAACAUAUGCCUUCGGAGGAAGAAUUGGCAGUGCGUAGGAAUGGAGAUCCCUGGAAUAAGCAAACCGCCGAAGCGUAUACUCAAAGACGAAAGCAGCAAAAAUUGCUGGAAGAAGAACGCCAGAAAAAACCUCUCAAAGAAGCCGAAAUCGCAGUUCCUGUGUCCAAUUACAAAGACAAAUACGCUCAUCUCAUCGGCCAGGAAGCAGCUUUGGAGGCCGCGAAGAAAACUGAGACAAAUAAAUCAUACGGUUAUGUUCCUAGCGAAAACAAACGCGAUAUUCGUUCGAUCGAGCAAACUAUGGCUGAUAUUCAGGCGAAGAAAAAACUUAAAAUUCAACACGAAAAUAACGUAUCACACGAUAGUUGCACAAGCGGACAGAUUUGAAUCCAUUGAAGCCAAAGACUCAAAAAUAGUUUAAGGAAAAGAUAUGGUUAUACCGGAUAACGGAUGAGUUCAAUCAUUACGUCCGACUAUGUAAGCUACGAUUUCCUAGCGAAAAUGUUUCGUAGUAUUACUCACCAUAUAGUCAUCGAACAAGAUGUAUAGCAAUAUAUUAGUGUACAAGGGAAGAGCCAGGAUUCUUCAAUAACCGUCGUUCUUCCGAGAGUUAAAAAUACUUUAGCGAUCGCUAUUUCACAUAAUUUUUUUCCCAGUGAAAUGAUAAUCCUACCACAUAAACACAGCCUUUUCACGCAGUAUCC